GCGGAUCUUAACGUAAACAUUAAUGGCGGAAAAGGCUGCAUAUUUUUGUUAUGAUUUGGAAAAAUAAAACCUCAUCCAACCAUUUGUCUGUGAUUGUUGACUAAAGUCUUUAGAUCUACAUAUAUGAUUGCACCUAAACAUCAGCAACUGAUUUGUAUAUAACUUCUACUUAAAAAGAAACAAAACUUAAAAGAUACCAUUGUCAUGAAAAUACGACAUUAUUUUAUACAACAGCUGUAAGGAAGGAGAUUGAAUUGUUGAUUGACUAUUAAUAUAUCUUGAAGACAAAUGUGGAUAUGUGAUGCUUGAACUUGAAGGAGAGGUUUUUCCUAAACCAAGGAAGCAAAGAGCCAGGUCAAAAAACAGAUCAGAUUUAGAAAUGCCAUCAUCAGAUGCCCAGCUAAGAGUAGAUCAAAUUUUACAACAAGUGGUUGCACAGUCAACUAAAGAUGCAUCUGCAACAAAAAAGAAGAAGAAGAAACCUAAGAAUAUUGCAGAUGAUAAUGUGCUUGAAUCCCUGCGUGAAGCUAAAGGCAUAGAAAGUUUGCACAAAGAAAAAGACACUACUAUACUAGCAAAUACAUUUGACCCAGAUGACAACAAUAAGAGUGGAAAAAGCAACAAACAGAGGGAAAAACAACAUGUAAAAAAUAAAAAUGCCAGCAAUGAGGAGAGUAAACAGAAUGUUGACCAGCUUCCACCUCUCACACCAAAAAAGAAAAAAGUUAAAAAAGAAAUGGCCAAAGAUGGAACUGAUAAGGAUUUAAUUCUUACCCCAGAACCAGUUGUUGAAACUCCUAAAAAAACUCCAAGGAAAAAGUUGAAAUCUCCUACUCCUGAUGCUUCUGAAACUCCCAAAAAGACAGAGACAACAGCAAUUAAAGAGCCUAGUGUUACUGUCACGCCUAGAAAAAAGAAGAAGGAUAAAACAGAUAGUAAUACAAAUGAAAUGGCUGAAGAGGAUUUGGUGAAUGACACACAUUUAGACUUGACCAAGUUAAAAAAGAAGAAAAAACCCAAAUCAGAUGUUGAAGAUGAUGUUAAGAAAAUUGAUCAGCCAGGUAAUGAGACCCAGGUUAUGUUACCUAAGCCGAAAGCUAAGAAUAAGAAAAAAACCAUUGAUAAUGAUCUAGAAAAUGAAACUGAAGAUCAUUCAGAUAAAGCAAAAGUUAAGAAAAAGAAAAAGGCAAAAACAGAAGCAGAUGAAGAGGAAAAGGAAAAAUUAAAUCAGGAGGAAGUAGAAUCUGCUCUAGAAAAAUCAAAGCCCAAGAAAAAGAAGAAAGCCAAAGCCAGUGAAGAUGUAGAGCAGAAGACAGAGGAAGAUGAAGAGGCUGAGAUCAAACCAAAGCCAAGAAGGAAAAAAAAAGUCAAAGAAGAAGAGCCAGACAAGACUGAAGAUGAAAAUGACAAAGCAGAGGCUAAGUCAGCAGAAGAAGAAGAAGAAUCACAACAGGAAAAAGCAAAGAAAAAAAGAAAACCAGCUGAUUUUUUUCUCCUAUGUGCUCGGCUUGUAGCACGGCAAGAAAAAAUGGAGAAAUCUGUGACAGAGGAAACUUCUGGGCCACCUCCAGACAUUGAGGACAUGGGCGAGGUUAUGGCAUUGAUGAUACAUCGAACAGAUAAAUUGAAAAAUGACUUCCACAUUUUACACCCAGUGAUUAGAGUGCAUGUUAUUAAUGAAGAGACCGGAAAUUAUAUUCCUAAACAACACCAAGAUAGAGCUGUGACUUAUCAUUUUGAAACCGCCAAUGAACAAGUGAAAACAAUUCUCCCAAUGAUGACACAGCCCUUUGAUUUUAAGGAGAGAAAGUCAACUAUUCCAGUUUGGGAAGACUUGCUCGUGUUCAAUGAAAACUUCAAUUACUUUAUUCAACCAAACCCUAAAGUCAUUUUAUUAUUUGAGCUGCUUGAUUUUGUAAGCAUGAAUACAGCCAGUCGCCAGAUGGCCAGCCAAAAAGGAGGGGAAGGCGGAUGGCACAAAAUUGCUUGGGCAUUUUUGAAGGUGCUGGGCAAGAACAAUAAAGUAAACACAGGAAACAAGCUGAGAUUGCAGCUGUUCGUACCAGCAACUAAGACUGUUAAAGUACCAGGACAGCCAGAGGUUUACCAGUGGUGGAAAUCAGGUCAGCGUGUUCCCUACCCUUCAACUCUCUAUGUCACACUUAAAAGUAUAGAAAGUCCAAAAGAGGUGUCAGGAGGCAUGAGAUCUAUGUUUGCUACCCAGAAAGAACUUGGUAAUAUGAGCUAUAAGGAUUUGAAAACCAUGAACUGGUCAGGCAAAGAGAAAACAAUUCAUUCUGGACGUACUUAUACUACGUGGACUCGUCUAUUGGGUCAGCUGUGUCGAGUGCCAAACAGUUUGUCUCUCACACUUCCUGCUGGCAAGAAGGGUUGUUUUGUUGUCAGGUUUUCUAACGACGGCAGGAAUUUGGCAUGUGCCUGCCAAGAAGGAACAGAUUUCCCUAUUCUAGUCUAUGAGAUACCAUCAGGGACACUUAAAGGUCAAUUUCAAGGUCACUUUGGCAUAAUCUACAGCCUGAGCUGGAGUAAAAGUGACACACAGCUCAUGUCUGCUUCCAGUGAUGGCACUGUCAGGAUAUGGGACAUGACAAAACUUGGAGAAAACCAGACCCGCCUCCUGCCCCACCCUGGCUAUGUGUACACAGCAGAGUUUCAUCCCCGGGUAGACAGCAUUGUGGUAACUGGAGGCUAUGACGAGGUUGUUCGUGUCUGGGACAUCAGUAUACCAGAAGACUACAAUGUGCUGCAGCAGGAGAUGGAAGAACACCAUGGCCACAUCAACUCCAUUUGUUUUGACACGGAUGAUGGUCAGAAGAUGUACACUGCUGACAGUGUUGGCACUAUUCUCAUAUGGAAUGUCUUUGUCACUGAUCAAACAUCCAGGAAACAUUUUGUUAGAGACUGGACCAAGUACCAGGAAAUCAAAGAACCAGAGCUGAAAGACACGCCAAUCAACUUCAUCAAGAUGCACCCAAGUGGCAGAAGGCUCCUGGUUCAUGCACGGAACAACUCCAUCUUCAUGUUUGACCUCAGAGUCCAACGAGUCAUGCAAAAAUAUUUUGGUGCUGAGAACUUGAAGGAGAAAAUCUGUAGCACUAUCACACCCUGUGGGAGUUUUGUCUUUUCUGGCAGUGAGGAUGGUAAAGUUUAUGCCUGGAACACAGACACAGGGGAUCAAGUAGCUGUAUACACACAACUCAACUACCUCAUGCCAGCCACUGACGUCCACUACCAUCCCAGAGACCAUCUGCUGGCCAUCUGCUCUUUGGGAGACAAUCAUCCCAUUUAUGUGUACAAGUACGACCCCCUGAUAACACAAGCAGGCGUCUCCUCUCCUCGACCCAUGUCACCUCUAGAAACUACAGACAUUGAAGACAUAGAAACAGCCAGAACAAGUGCCUUAAAAGAAACAGAUCUGCUAUCAGCUAGAUCUAAAGUCAUGUCAAAAGAAGAAUUUGAGACUCUAGGGAAAGCACGGUACCACAAGGCAAUGAAAAAGUUAGAGAUGGCAACAAUGCAGAUGUCCCAGAUGCCAGGAAUGGUAGUGCCAGAGUCCCUGCUGAGUCCUAGGAUGGACACCAUUGGCAGAUCUGGUGUCCAGUCUACUUGGAAGAUGCAGCACUCCUCAGAUUAUUCUUUAACUCCUCGUACUGGGUCCAUCCCCCCAGGUGUGUUGUCACCUCAUGCACCUGCAGGCAGCGGCUCACAGCUGACUAGUCAACUUUUGUCACAGAAAGGUUACAUGAGAGAGUCUGGUGGGGACUGGAGGCCUGGCUUCUCUGAAGUGGGUCGACAUGGAUCUAAAAGUCCAGCAUACUAUGGCAGGCCACCACAGCUAUCACUUAGCACUUCUCUUGGAAAACCUCAGUUCACAUUUGAGGGUGCAGUUGGCAAGACAGUCCACAAAAAACAGGUGUUGGCCAUCUAUGACUACAGAGCACAGCGUUCAGAUGAACUGAACUUGUAUAAAGGUGACGUGGUCACAGUCUUGUAUAAAGAUAAUGACAACUGGUGGAUGGGAGAGUUGCCUGAUGGACAACAAGGUUUCUUCCCUGCUAAUUAUGUCACAGAAGAUGAUGAGGUAGAUGCCUUUAGACCAGGCAGAGCGCCCAGUGUUAGCAGCAGCAGUGGAACUGUGACGGCAGUGAAAACAAAAUCUGGGGAGUUGAGGUUCCUCUCAGGGGGAGAGGAGUCAGACACAGAAGUUAAAAAACCCAACAAAAAACGUGCAUCAGUUGAUUCCUCCAGAAGACGGGGCAGCAAAUCAUCCCUCCCUCCGCCAGCACCAGCCAAAGAUGACAACGAUUCUAUUGAUGCCUUGCUUGCUGUUUACGAAUCUGUUGCUUAAACUGCUCAUUGGGGAGUAAAUAAUUUUUUUCAACUGCUAAAACUAAAACAGCAUUGUAAAACACGGUUUUGUAAAGUUCCUUUUGGGGUGGCCUAUGGACCAAUCAUUAUAAAAAGUUCAUUACCAAAUAGAUUGGUCAAUUUAGUUUAGAUAGAUAUUAAAAAUUUAGGUAAUAAAAUGGGAAAUUAAAUGCAUUAAAAUUCUUUGGAUGAGAAUGUAACUAUUUUUUCUAAAAUGUACUUACUAGAAAAAGUCUUCAUAUAAUAGAAGUGUUAUGUAGAUUAAUACAACAAAAUUACUUAAACUUUUUUGUGUAGAAAGUGUUGUCUUAAAUCAGUAGCAAAUCACAUUAUUUUAAUGCAUGAAAAUCAUUAUCUUUUUUUCUUCAUAAAAUUUCAACAACAUUAUAACAAAAUCUCUCUCAGUUUGCAAAUUUAUAAAUGUAUAUUAUAGUUAUUUUAAUAACUAAAUAAUAAGCUUUUUUUCUAAUAGUAUUUUUGUAUAUAAAAUUUAAACUGAAUCUACUUCCUCAUAGAUUUAGAGUAUCUUUUUUUCCCAGUCAGAUAUGUAGAUAGCCAUUAUUUAUUAGUAUGGCAUUUAAAAUAUGGAGGGUGUGUUUCAGAAUGUGGUAACAAUUUAUUUUCAGCCCAAAUCUAGUGUUGGGUAAUAUUAUUUUGAAACAAAACUCAGUUUGUGAAUAUCCACAUUUGCCAUAACUUAAAAACAACGUGGACAUUUUGUCCAUGAAAUGUGCCUUAUAAAAUGUAAAGAAUUCUCAACAAACUCAGAUAUCAGAGAUCGUAAUAAAUGUAUCCAACUUACUUAGCCUUGUUUCUUCUUAGAUUUUUGUUUUUUGUUUAUUUGAACUCUGACCUCUGUUUUACCAACAAAGCUGGUUUAAUUAUUUUUAAACUUAUGCUGGGUUUUUAGUGUAAAUUAGUUUAUAAUAUUAUUUGUAUAUGGCGUGCAAAUAUUGGUUUUAGUUUUUGUUUUUGUUUUAAAUACAAGUAUAUAUACAGUUAUAUUUUGUAAUUUCUGUAGUUAAAAUAUUCGUUGAUUUUUAAACAUGUUUUUUGUUGUUGAUGGCCAGAAAAAUUGUUUUUAUUUGUAGACAAAUUUAUUGCUUUAGGGUUUUUAAAAAGUUAGUGAAUAUUGCAUUUAGUGAUGCUUAUGAUCCUUUUUGCAUGAUUCAAUGUACAUCUGUUUUCUGUUCUGCAAUUUAAAAUUAUCAUCAAUUCUAGUUAAGGGGAUAUGCUAUGAUUUUUUCUACUUUUUGCAGUUUAAGAUCUAAAGCCUUUUGAAUACGUUUAUCAUAUUUGGUAUAUAAAAGUAAGUAUUAAACAGCAAAAGAAAAGGGUCAAAAACAGUUUUGGUUGUCAUGGAAACCAAAAAACCUCCGCCAUUUUGAAUUUUUCGGUACUUUUAAAAAUGCUAAGCCUUUUUUAUUUAUGCAUCUAUAGCAAUCAAAUUUAAACUGCUUAUAUUUCAGUAUAUAUUAAAACUUUUGUCACGACAACUUUUUGAAAUAAUUACUAGUAAGAAUUUUACAAGGUCUAAAAAAUCGUACCCUUUUUAGUAUUCAAAAGUUUCAAAAUGUGCAUAUUAAUUACCAAAUACUUUUUUUCUAUGAAAGCAAUCACAAUUCCCUCGAGACAAAAGUUGUAUUUUUGCAUCAAGAACAUUUACUGAAAAUAUGGUUGGCAUUGUUUAAUAAAUAAAAAAGUAGUAGGCUUUUUAGUGUUAAAAACCUGCGAACUGAGAAAAACAGCCAAAAGUAACGAAAAUUAGGUCAGGAAAGUACCAUAUCUGUGUAAACUGCAAAGCCGAUUGCAAGCUUUGGGUGUUUCCGAGAUGUAGGAAAUUAAAUUUAUUAAAUACAUGACAAAUCAAGCUUUCCAAUGAUGUCAAAUACAAUAUAAUGACGGAUAUAAAACUUUUCAUAGAGAGCUUGUAAGAUUGCGAAAAAUUGAUUUUUUUUUAAUUAAUAGGGUCAUAAAAAUCGUAAUUCAAACACAUAAAAUAUUUUUUUCUCUUUAAAGUUAUUAUUUUCCAUAUACACAAAUGGACAAAGUAUCCAAAAGUGCAAGAAACCCAUCAUGACAAAAAACAAGAAAUUUUGUGAUUUUUUUCCGCGCAUAUCCCCUUAACUAAACCCUUUUAAAUAAAUAUACACUGGAGUCAUAUUGAAUUAUCAAUGUUAUUUGCAUAUUAUUGGUAAAAUAGCGUUUUUAAUCAAAAAUUUUAUUUUACAUUUACUAUGCAUGAUUAUUAGAAAGUUGUUUUAGCUGUGAACAAUUAAGUGUUAUUUUGUAACUAUGUUGGAAAUUUAAAACUUAGGAAAAAUGUUUAUUCAAUUUAACCUUUAAAAUUUGUAGGUUUAAAGUUUUUGCUUUCUAGUAAAAUGGAGACUAAAGAAAAAUAAAUAUCUGUACGGAAAAUUUUUAGUGAUACCUCAAACAAUGUAAUUUUUUCUGACAAUGGUCUGUCAUUUUUUUACAGUUGUUGAAGGAACAGUCUAAGAAUCUCUAGUCACAAAUUACUGUGACUUGGCUAAAAAAACAUUUAAUUCACUCACUUGUGUUGUUCAUGUCUUUUAUAAGCCUAUCCUACGGUUCCAGGAUGAUAUUGUAACAAUCCCUCCACCAAUUUGUUUUAUACCACAAUCUUUUUGUGAAACUAAGUCCAAACUGUGAUAUGAAGAGAACUGUAUGUAACAUUUUUGUACAUUUUAUUCCUGUAAAAUAAAUAUUUUUCUUAAUAAAACUGG